CAGCGACUGUCCACGGGCGCCCCCUGCCGGCUGGGAGAGUUGUUACAGCGGCUGUCAACGGGCGCCCCCUGCUGGACUGAGGUGAAGGAUUACAAUCCGGCCCGUGAGCGCCAUAAUCCCAUGUAAUCUGGGAUUCAGUUUCACUCUACGGCACGAGCAGAGCAGAGGACUGUGGAGGACCGUGGAGGACUGGGGCUAUGAAGAACUGGAGGACGUGUCUAAGACCUGCGUGAGGCGAGAUGUUGCUGCUGGUUCUCCUUCAGGUUCUGCAGGUCUCUGUGAGGGCCCAGUUCUGUCCAGACCUUUGUGUCUGCAGUGGAGGGGCUGCAGAACUCAGGUCUGUUCGGUGCAGCGCCACCGGGAUGUCAGCACUUCCUGUUAACGUCCCACCCAACACGGUCAAGCUCCGCCUAGAGAAGACCUUGAUCUCCAGGGUGCCCCGGGCAGCCUUCUACAACCUGUCGGAGCUGCGCUUCCUGUGGCUGACCUACAACUCCAUCACCUCCGUCCACCCCAGCAGCUUCGUCAACCUGAAGGCUCUGCGAGAGCUGCGUCUGGACGGGAACCUGCUGACCACCUUCCCGUGGGAGGGGCUUCGAGACAUGCCCCGCCUCCAGACUCUGGGGCUCAACAACAACCGCCUGGCCAGCCUUCCGGCCCACGCUGCCCUCUUCCUGCCCAACAUCACCUACCUGGACGUCUCCAGCAACAGGCUGACCAUUCUGGCAGCUGAGCUUCUGGAUCUGUGGUUCCCUCUUCCAGAACUGCAGGAGGGUCCGGUCCGAAGAAAGAUCUUGGGUCUCCAUGAUAACCCCUGGCUGUGCGACUGCCAGAUCUCCAUGCUGACGUCCCUGUCCAGGUCCCUGGGGAGCCCGGUGGUCCUGAUGGACCAGCUGCUGACGUGCAGCAAGUCUGUGGGCCAGUCGGGGAUGCUGCUGACCCAGGCAGACCUCUCCCGCUGCACCAGACCCUCGGUCCAGCCGGCGGCCACCAGGGUCGUCUCGCCGCUGGGCAGCAACGUUAUCCUCCGCUGCGACGCCAGCGGGUACCCAACGCCCACCCUGACCUGGAUCAAGACCUCAGCCUACACGGAUUGUUGUAAACAAGACGUUCUGCAGAACUCUGAGCAGCUCCCCAGGAUUUUGGAGGGAUUCAUGCAGGAUUCUCCUCGAGUCGGGGUCCGCUGGUCCAUAAUCAGUCUGAACGCUUUGUCCUACGAGGACGCCGGCGAGUACCGCUGCCAGGCACGGAACAUGGCGGGGAUAUCCGAGGCCCCCAUCAAACUCAAGGUCAUGGGGGUCACCAGGCUGACUCGCUUCCCAAAGAAGAAGCCCAAAAAGACUCCGACCAAGUCGUCGCCCAAAUACAAGAAACCCAACCAAACGUCAGCCGACAGCAACGCGCUCACAGAGGAGAGUCCGCUGGUUUCAAACAAUUUCCCGUCUUUAAAGUCCAGAAACGUCAUCAGUUAAGAUUUUUAAUCAGACGAAAUCCAAAUGUUAAGAUUCUGAAGUGAGGCUGUUUCUAUUCUAUUCUAUUCUAUUCUAUUCUAUUCUAUUCUAUUCUAUUCUAUUCUAUUCUAAAAACAACUGUAUUUAGUUUUUGUAAUUUUGAUGUGAAAAAUAGAGAUGAAAAGCAAAUCAAGCUAAA